AUGUUCAAGAUCAUUCAGGAUGUACAGGAUACCUCACAUCUUGUGACAUAUUUGGCCACUUUUCUACUUCCUAGACCUGGAGACAAUGGCUAUCAUAGGAAAAUCUACACAAAGCCGGAAUUGUACAUCGCGGUAAACUUGAAUGAGAAGAACUGUAUGUGGGGGAUCACUCCUCUUCACGAUCUUAACAGGAGUUAUCCGCCUAUGGAAUUUUGCUCCCCAGAACGUCUUCAUGGAAAACACCCAAAUUUUGCUUGCGACAUGUGGAGUUAUAUGGUUUAUUUUGGAGUGCUUUACCUCAACGGCUAUUCGCCUUUCUCUACCGUAGCCCAUGGCGGAGUGAUAAGUGAUAUCGGGAAAACACCCGAACCAACUCGUAACCUUGCAUCAACAAUUGCAUACUCUCGUCCAGACGCAGAUCCAAUUGAGCGAGGGCUUGUUCACUCCAUUAUGUUGAAGAUAUUUACUUCUGCAUUGUAUUGUUGUUAUAGAUCUCAUUAG